AUGCCUCCGAUGAAGAUCCAACCGAUCCUGGUCGAUUCACAGAAGCUACCGGUUGUUCGGAACGACGCGGUUAAGCCUGUGCUGAAGUCGCGCUUGAAAAGACUUUUCGUGUUCGACCGUCAGUUUUCGAAUGUGCUGAAGACUUCCUCCUCUUCGGAUAAACCCGUCGCCGGCGAGGUCCCUCAGUCCAACAACAGAGACGCGAUCGAGUUCGAACCGAGCUCUGUUUGCUUGGACAAAAUGGUACAGAGUUUCAUAGAAGAGAGCAACGAGAAGCCUGUACCGACCACCGUGAGAUGUGGCCGCAACCGCUGCAACUGUUUCAACGGCAAUAAUAAUGACAGCUCUGACGAGGAACUUGACGUCUUUGGGGAAUCGAUUUCCUCUGGCUCGUUCGGCUCGUUCGGCGAUGCUGGUGACGCACUCAAGAGCUUGAUUCCUUGUGCGAGUGUUGCGGAGAGAAACCUCUUAGCUGACACAUCCAACAUUGUUGACAAAAACAGCAAGGUUUACAAGCGAAAAGGCGAUUUGAGAAAGAUAGUUACCGAAAGUCUUGUGUCUCUCGGUUACAAUUGUUCCAUAUGCGUGUCUAAAUGGGACAAAACCCCAACCUUUCCUGCUGGUGAAUAUGAAUACAUAGAUGUGAUCGUGGAAGGUGAGAGGUUGAUAAUUGAUAUAGAUUUCCGAUCGGAGUUUGAGAUAGCUCGAUCGACAGGGACCUAUAAGGCUAUCCUUCAGUCUCUGCCUUUCAUUUUUGUUGGGAAAUCAGAUCGUCUCUGCCAGAUUGUAGCCUCUGUGUCGGAUGCAGCGAAACAGAGCUUGAAGAAAAAAGGGAUGCAUGUGCCGCCGUGGAGGAAGGCGGACUACAUGUUAGCCAAGUGGCUAUCCAGCUCCUGGACCAGGGUGAAUCCACCCUCGUCCUCUACUGUCAAUGGCUCGACAGAGAACUUGAGCGUCUGUGGUAGUGCUGCUUCAGAGAGUGAUUGUGGUGAAUUGGAACUGAUCUUCGGCGAAAAAACAUCAUCCCAGGAGCGGGAGACUUGGUCCGGCUGUGAGAGGAGCUUACCACCCGUUGCGACGCGGCUAACAUGGCAGCCGCCGGCAUUGAAAGUGAGGAGUGCUGAGAAAGGAGCAAAGGUGGUAACCGGAUUAGCCUUUCUUCUCAAGGACAAGCCAUAG